AGAGGAAAAGCAUUAAAUUCUCAUAGAAUUGUAGCAGAAUAGGUAUGGAUGGCCACUUCAGUGAUGACUCAUCCAAGUGAAACUGUUUACAGCUCAUCCUCAACACAGACUGCUCCUUUUUCACACCGACACCCCAUUUUUCAACUACUCUGCUUCUAUUCCUCUCUCAAUCCUGUGCAAAUCAACUUCUAUAAAUACCCUCUGCCCCCAAAUUGGUUUGCAAACAAAAUAAAUUAAUCACUAGUAUUCAGAACUUUCUGAGAAAUGGGCAGCUUCUUCUUCCGUGGGUUUAUUGUAUUUUCAUUGCUUAUGUUGCUCAAGGGAGCUAGCAGUAGCUUGGACAAGGAGUUCUAUGUUACUUGGGCUGCAGACCAUGUUAGAUUCUUCAAUGGUGGGCAGGAGCUGCAACUCGCCCUGGAUACAAAUUCUGGGUCAGGCUUUGCUUCGAAGAAUAAGUAUCUGUUUGGGAACAUUAACAUGCAAAUCAAGCUGGUUCCUGGGGACUCUGCUGGCACUGUGACUGCUUAUUAUCUUUCUUCAGAGGGAUCCAACCAUGAUGAAUUGGACUUUGAGUUUCUGGGGAAUAAAUCAGGAGAGCCUUAUGUUGUCCAGACAAAUGUGUAUGCAAGUGGUAAAGGUGACAGAGAACAGAGGAUUUACCUCUGGUUUGAUCCCACCAAAGACUUUCACUCCUAUGGUGUAGUUUGGACUGCUCAGCACAUCUUAUUCAUGGUGGACAGUGUGCCAAUCAGAGUGUUCAGCAACCACAAGGCAGCUGGGGUGGCAUAUCCAGAUAAACAAGCCAUGGGAGUAUUUUCAAGUUUAUGGAAUGGGGACAACUGGGCAACUCAAGGGGGUCUUGUGAAGAUAGACUGGUCACAAGCUCCAUUUGUUGCAUCCUACCGUAAUUUCAAUGUUGAGCCAAUGACAGCAUCAUCUGGAGAAGGUACGAGUGGGGUGAAUUCAGAGCAGUGGAAGAAAUUGCAGUGGGUGAAGGAAAACUUCAUGAUAUACAACUACUGCAAUGACAAACAGAGAUAUCCUCUGCCUCCACCAGAAUGUACUACAGACAUGUAAACCUAUGGUUGUAGUAUGCUUUGUUUCUUUAUAGUCAUGGUAGUUUAGUUCAAGGAGAUGUUUAGACAGAUAAUUUCAAGAAUAAAGAUGUCAAUAUGUAAUAUAUUUCAAGAAUAAAGAUGUCAAUAUGUAAUAUAUCCAAUACAAAGUAGUAUGAGAGAAAAUUAAUUUCAAAUUGUAUGAGUUUUAGGGUGAAAAAAAUUAUAAAAUGGUUGGAGGGUUGAAAUUUAGUGAUUGAAGUAUUAGGUUUUUAUUUUAAA